ACUCUGACUCGUUACAGAGGGACAAAACUCCUCCAUUUAGUGUCUGCUUCUCCUGGGUCUGCACAUUUUUUUGCUCUGUCAUUCCCAUUUGUGAAAUGAGAAGUAAUUAUCACAUUAAAUUUAUCUGAGUGACUGGGAAAGAUCCAUUAACUUUCGACAUAGAAAGACACUUCAUGUGGGGUUCAUUUUCUUGAUAGGAAAUAAGUUGAGUUGCUGUCUGUAACUUWUUCUGAUGCUUGUGUGCAUUCCCUUAAAAUUUCCAAGUUUUUAGCCCCUCUGUUAUGCUCUUAGAAUUUCUUUUUCUUCUUAGUCUUUAUUUUAAAACAUUUAUACUUUUCUAUCUACAUGUACAUUUCUUUUGCUCAAAUGAACAUUGGGAAGCCAAGUAAGAUGUUUCAUGYUACCUGGAUACAGUUUCAUUCCUAGGAAGCAAUGUUUCUGCUGGAAUAUGGACAAGGAUUCCUCUCUUGCUCAUUGGCAACAUCAGGACCGACAUUUUUAUGGUGAGAAAGCUGUGCCAAGUCUGAGAUCUUAAUUACAGAGAUGGCUUAAUUUCUACUUCAUGUCCUGUUUAAGGAACUCUUGGCAUAUUCCAGAGAAAAUUAAGACRUAAUUAAAGGUGUUGUAAAAGGUGUGAAUCUGUUAUAUGUUGUUUUCCCUCUCUCAUUAUAAUUUUUAUCUGCAGAUCUGCUUUYAUUUUUAUUGAAUAAUAGGAAAGGGGUGAUGAUGCUGUUGCAUCAAAAGCCUUUGCAGCAUCUUGGAUAUGGCUGAGGACCAGGACCUGCCUAUUGACAAAUGAAGUGGAGAAGCAAACUCUGAGGGCUUUUCAGUCCAGCACCUUGGAGGARGAAUAUCUGGCACUGAAUUCCAGUAGAUCAGUGGGUGUUUACUGAGACUGGACURUUUCUCAGAAGACAGGAUUUUUGUCAAUAUUUAGUGAUUCUAAGGACACAGAGAACUUGCAAGACUGCUGGCUCAUCAUGUCUUCCAUUCUGGGGAAGAUGAAGAAAUUYGGCAGUUUUGACAUGGAGGAUUCUGAAGUGACAGACGAACACACGGAUGGGGAGGACUCUGUCCAGGAAACCCCUGACAACYCCCAGGCCCCACUCAGCACCAAGGUGCAGCCACCCAAAAGCAACAUCUUUGCAAGACGGGGCCGCUUUGUCAUGGGGGACAGUGACCAGGACAUGGCUCCCAUGGACUCCUUUUACCAGAUGGAUCACCUGAUGGCACCUUCUGUCAUCAAAUUCCACGUGAAUCUAGAGAGGGGGAAAUUUCACAAGUUCCUAUCUACAGAUUCCAUAACAGGCUGCUCAGAAAAAGCUUUCAAAUUUUAUGACCGUAGAAGGAUCUUUGAUGCUGUAGCCCAAGGCAACACAAAGGACCUCAGUGACCUACUACUCUACCUUAAUAGAACCUUCAAGCAUCUCACAGAUGAGGAAUUCAAAGAGCCUGAAACUGGGAAAACCUGUUUACUGAAAGCCAUGCUGAAUCUACAUGAUGGGAAAAAUGACACCAUUCCCUUGCUGCUGGAUAUUGCAAGGAAAACUGGAACUCUGAAAGAGUUUGUUAAUGCAGAAUAUACUGACAACUACUACAAGGGCCAGACUGCUCUUCACAUUGCCAUCGAGAGGAGGAAUAUGUACCUGGUGAAGCUCCUGGUCCAGAAUGGAGCAGAUGUUCAUGCCAGAGCCUGUGGGGAGUUCUUCAGGAAAAUCAAAGGGAAAUCUGGCUUUUAUUUUGGGGAGCUGCCUUUGUCCCUGGCUGCCUGCACCAACCAGCUCUGCAUUGUGAAAUUCCUCCUGGAGAAUCCCUACCAGGCAGCUGACAUCACUGCUGAGGACUCCAUGGGCAACAUGGUGCUGCACACACUGGUGGAGAUUGCAGAUAACACCAAGGAUAACACCAAGUUUGUAACCAAGAUGUAUAAUAACAUAUUGAUCCUUGGUGCCAAAAUUAAUCCCAUCGUCAAGCUGGAAGAACUCACCAACAAGAAGGGGCUGACUCCAUUAACUCUGGCAGCCAAAACAGGGAAGAUAGGGAUUUUCGCUUACAUCCUCAGACGAGAGAUCAAAGACCCYGAGUGCAGACAUUUGUCCAGGAAGUUCACUGAAUGGGCCUAUGGACCUGUCCACUCCUCUCUUUAUGACCUGUCCUGYAUAGACACCUGUGAGAAAAAUUCAGUGCUUGAGAUCCUUGCCUACAGCAGUGAGACACCGAACCGUCACGAGAUGCUGCUGGUGGAGCCCCUGAACAGGCUGCUGCAAGACAAGUGGGACCGGUUUGUCAAGCACUUAUUUUACUUCAAUUUYUUUGUCUACACCAUGCACAUCACCAUCCUCACUGCAGCUGCUUACUACAGACCUGUGCAGAAGAAUGAAAAGCCUCCCUUCACCUUUGGUUACAGCACUGGGGAGUAUUUUCGAGUAACUGGAGAGAUCYUGAGUGUACUGGGAGGCCUCUAUUUUUUUUUCAGAGGGAUCCAAUAUUUCGUACAGAGACGCCCAUCACUCAAGACACUGAUAGUUGAUGGCUACAGUGAGGUUCUUUUCUUUGUCCACUCCCUGCUCCUGCUGAGCUCCGUGGUGCUGUACUUCUGUGGCCAGGAGCUCUAUGUGGCUUCCAUGGUGUUCUCCCUGGCCCUGGGCUGGACCAACAUGCUCUACUACACCCGUGGCUUCCAGCAGAUGGGAAUUUACUCCGUCAUGAUCGCCAAGAUGAUCCUUAGAGAUUUGUGUCGCUUCAUGUUUGUCUAUCUUGUAUUCCUUUUGGGAUUUUCUACAGCUGUGGUGACUUUAAUUGAAGAUGACAAUGAGGGGCAGGACAUAAAUAUCUCUGACYAUGCCCGAUGCUGCCACGUGAAACGAGGCCGCACCUCCUACAACAGCCUCUACUACACCUGCCUGGAGCUCUUCAAGUUCACCAUUGGCAUGGGAGACCUGGARUUCACAGAGAAUUACAGGUUCAAGUCAGUGUUUGUCAUCCUUCUGGUUCUCUAUGUCAUCCUCACCUACAUCCUCCUGCUCAACAUGCUCAUUGCACUGAUGGGGGAGACUGUCAACAAAAUUGCACAGGAGAGCAAGAGCAUCUGGAAACUCCAAAGAGCCAUCACAAUCCUGGAUAUUGAGAACAGCUACUUGAACUGUUUGAGACACUCAUUCCGGUCUGGGAAGCAAGUCCUGGUGGGGAUCACACCUGAUGGCCAAGAUGAUUACAGAUGGUGCUUUAGGGUUGAUGAAGUGAACUGGUCCACGUGGAACACUAAUCUGGGCAUAAUCAACGAAGACCCUGGGUACGGUGGGGACCUCAGACGAAACGCCAGCUUCUCUAUUAAACCUGGCAGAGUUUCAGGGAGGCACUGGAAAACAUUGGUUCCUCUUUUAAAAGAUGGAGAGAAGAGGAGAGAAGAGACUCAAAAGCUGCCAGAAGAAGUCAAAUUAAAACCUGUUUUGGAACCUUAUUUUGAGCCAGAAAAUUCUGAGGUGUUGAAAGAGUCAAUUCCAAAGUCAGUGUAAUUCUGGUUGCCUCUCCUGGUCCUCACAAGCAGGACAAUAGAGCACUUCAUUUACAGGAACAGGGACUUUUGGAAAAAGGUCAGAGGAUUUAGGGAAUUACCAUGUGCAAGGAUUCACUGAGUAUGCUGAAUAAACUACUUGUUGU